AUGUCAUUAGAAAAUCAAGAACUUUGUUCGUUGACAACUGAAGGUUUUGAUCUUAUGGAAAAUGAAAGCGAAAAGAGUCAGCUGUGUUUAGUUUGUCUGAAAACAGCGGCUGGAAAACAUUAUAAAAUAAGUUUUUCAUUGUUUGAAAAAUAGAUGACCGAAUCUGAUAAUACUGGUUUUUUGUUUCAGGUUCCAACUUGUCAUGGCUGUAAAUCAUUUUUUCGUCGAGCAUCUGUUCAAAAAACCAUUUUCCCGCCUUGUGAAAAUGUCAACAUGUGUUAUCAAAAUAUAUCCAAAACAAAUCGACCCCAAAAAUGUAAAUAUUGUCGAUAUCAAAAAUGCCUGGAUGUUGGUAUGGUUGUCUUUUAUUUGGAGUAUCGUAGAAAAUCAAUUUCAAUUGGUUCAGUAAACCGAAUUAGAGUAAGUUAAAUUUUGAAUUUUUGUAGAAUUUAAAUAUUAAAUAUAAUCAGAGUAGAGACGCAAUUUCGAUUAUUGACGAUUUGAUUGGCAGCCUUUCUAAUGUUGAUCUUCAAAUAUCGGACUGUCGCCUUUCCAAGUUCAAUCCAAUAAUACAUCCUGAUCUUGAAACACUGAUUAAAUCUCCUAAUCAACUUAACAAUGUUGCACACUUCGAGGUAAGAGGUUCUAACUUUUCAGAUUAAUAAAAAACACCAAAAUAUUUUGUAGAAAAUGUCUGGCUGGCCUUUACCGCAAAACGAGUUUAUGGAACAACAAAGAAGACUUAUUCAAAUAAAAAUCAGAUAUGAACAUUCUCAAUUGCCUAUUGAAACCACAUUAGAGCAAUUUGAUAUAAAAACGUGGGUAUUAAAAAUAUUGAAUAGAAAAACGAUAGAUACUUUUUUCAGUAAGGAAUGGUUACCAUUUGAUAUGAUGAUGGCUGUUGAAUUCGCCAAAACAUUUACAUUCUUCUCAAAAUUAGAUUAUUCAGAUCAGAUAGCAGUUAUAAAGAAGUCUACAUUUAUGAGUCUAGCACUAACAACAGCUUUUACUUCAUAUCAAGCUAAAAUGGGAAUUUUACAAACACCUGAUGGAGUAUGCAUUUCGGGACCAACUAGAAAUGAACAAGCUGUUAGACAUUUUAAUACGUUAAUGAGUUUGAAAAUAAUGGAACCUUUGAUACGACAUCAAUAUACGAAACCGGAAUAUUUGCUGUUGAAAGCGAUUAUUGUUUGUAAUUCAGGUUUAACAUUUCAUUCCAGAGAAAUAGUUUUUCAUUCAAAACAUUUCAGCUUCAAUGCUCUCUUCAUAUGGCCAACAAAUUGUGGAAAAAGAAAAAAACAAUUAUAGAAAUGCACUUUUUGAUUACUGUCUUUUCAAAUAUGGAAAACCACACGGAGUGACGAGAUUUUUAAAUAUUCUCAGCUACAUUAAUGUUUUAGAACAUUAUCAACGUAAUUUUCGUGAUUUCAUGACAACUAUUCAAAUUUUCACCCCAAAUGUGAUGUCAGAAUCGAGGAGAAAACUUCAAAGUGAAGUCUUAUGUUUAGAAGAAUUUUAA